AUGGAAUCAUUGUCGCGUCAACGAAAACAACCCACGCCGGUCCAGAUGGAGGUCGUACCACUGACGAGCAAUUUCGAAAGCACUCACCCAGCCCUCCUCUCCUACGACGAGAUACCGGAAUGGUACCAAGACAAUGACUUCAUUCGUCACGGCUAUCGCCCCGAAUCAAACUCUGUUCGUGCGUGCUUCGCCAGUUGGCUAUACAUGCAUAACGAGACUGUCAACAUUCAUUCGCAUUUCAUACCUGGAAUUCUUUUCCUGGCAGCCGAAGUUGGGAUUCAUCAAUACUUGCAGACCAAGUACCCAAAGGCCACAAUUGGCGAUCGUCUGAUAUUUGCGUUCUUCCUUCUGACGGCCGUAACAUGCCUGGGCAUGUCGGCAGCGUACCAUACCUUGAUGAACCACUCGAACCACGUCUCACAUCUAUGGCUACGACUUGAUUUCGUCGGCAUCGCGAUUUUGACCCUUGGAGACUUCGUAUCUGGGAUCUACAUGGUUUUCUACUGCGAACCAGUUUUACAAAGGAUAUAUUGGAUCAUGAUAAUCACGCUCAGCUUUGCAACGAUAUUCAUACUCCUGAACCCCAGGUUCCAAGGUCGUCGUUGGCGUACCUUCCGCGUCUGCACAUUUGUCGGUACUGGUCUAUCGGGCCUCGCGCCUCUCGCACACGGUGUCAAAAUCUUUGGCUUUUCGCAAAUGGGGAAGCAGUCUGGUAUGGCAUAUUACGUCGGUGAAGGACUAUUGUUAAUGCUGGGUGCACUGUUCUACACUGUCAGUAUUGAAAUAAUGUGUUCUAGUCCAUACGUGAACACCUGCUGUUUAUGA